GUUUUAAAAUUUUGACGGCGGGAGUACUAGCAAAUGUAUUUGUUAUUUACGUAAAUUUAUCCUAUACCCAGUUAUUUUUCUAUUAUUGGUAUACGUUAUACGUUGUUACAUAACUUGGUUUUGCAAGUCGAAUGGCACACCGGCAGAAAGACUCAAGAGAAUCGUCGUGGUCCAAAUUUUUCAGUAAAUGGAGUAAACGACGCCGGGAGAAAGACUCAGACAGAGAAUUGGCGUGGUCCAAAUUUUUCAGUAGAUGGACUAAACGGAGUGCAAAAUCAGUGAAUGAAGAUAUUCCUUAUAAAUAUCUUACCGGGCAGACUGCAUCUCUCGACAAGAGAAAAUUGCGUCCAGUUAGAGGCAGUCAACUUUUUAAAAAAUACAAAUAUGGAAAGAUUAAGAAAUAUACGGAAGUCCAGAGAAAAGUUCCGAGAAGGAAACGCCCAAAUGUGGCCACUAAUGAUGUUAAUACAGUGGGUGAGAAAUCACUGCAGCAAUUUCAAGAACUUGGGUCCAAAGAUGGAGAUUCAUUACCAAUUGCAGAUUACCCCGUAUCCAGCAAAUGCCACAAAGAGUCUAUAGUGGACAUCAAUGAGGAACUAAAUACUACUGUAUUUGAUCGGUCUCCACACAUAAUUCAGUCACAGCAGAACCACCAAGAUGACCAUGUAUCCAGCAAGUGCCAGAAAGAGUCUCCAGUGGAUGCCAGUGGGAAACCAAAUACUUCCAUUUUUACUUGGUCUCGUCUGCAUGCAACUCGAUCACAACAGAACCAUCAAGAAGGGUAUAAAUAUGAAGAAGAUGAGUUAUCCCCCAUUUUCAAAAAGCCCAGACUGCUUGCUGAAUGUAUAAGGAAAUUCGAAACAGAUACUGGUGAUCAGGAUGUUGACACGCCAGUGAAGAGGAAGAAAGAACAUUAUAAGAGGAGGAGGAAGAGGAGGAGGGUAACGAGUGAGACAGUUUGCAAGCAUGAAAAUGAAGAUACAGCAUCUUUCUCCAAGCCACGAAAAUGCAUGGUUGAUGAACUGGCUACUGUGAAUUGCAGUUUGAAAAAGGAUGUGUCAAUAAGUGUUUCUGGCCCAGAAGCUUCCAAAUUAACGAAACCUCAAGUUUGCAAGCAUGAAAAUGAAGAUACAGCAUCUUUCUCCAAGCCACGAAAAUGCAUGGUUGAUGAACUGGCUACUGUGAAUUGCAGUUUUAAAAAGGAUGUGUCAAUAAGUGUUUCUGGCCCAGAAGCUUCCAAAUUAACGAAACCUCAAGUUUGCAAGCAUGAAAAUGAAGAUACAGCAUCUUUCUCCAAGCCACGAAAAUGCAUGGUUGAUGAACUGGCUACUGUGAAUUGCAGUUUGAAAAAGGAUGUGUCAAUAAGUGUUUCUGGCCCAGAAGCUUCCAAAUUAACGAAACCUCAAGAUCACAAAAAUGUAUGUGAAGAUAAUUUAUUGGCCUCUGUGCAAGGAGAAUUUAUGCUUAAUGAACUGGAUAGACAAAAAUACAGUUUGAGAUCUGAUCUAACUUCAGAUAGUUCUCACUCACAAGUCUCUAGAACAGCAAAUUUUCAAGGUCAUAGAAAUGGAUGUGAAGAUAAGCUACUGCCCUCAGUGCCAGGGGAAUGCAUGCGUAAUGGAUUGGAUGGACCAAAUUUCAGUGUGCAAACUAAUGUAACUACAAAUAAGUCUGAUUCAAAAAGCUGUAAGCUAUCAAAGGCCCAUGAUCAUAGAAAUGGAUGUGAAGAUAAGCUACUGCCCUCAGUGCCAGGGGAAUGCAUGCGUAAUGGAUUGGAUGGACCAAAUUCCAGUGUGAAAACUAAUGUAGCUACAAAUCAAUCUGAUUCAAAAAGCUGUAAGCUUUCAAAGGCCCAGGAUCAUAGAAAUGGAUGUGAAGAUAAGCUACUGCCCUCAGUGCCAGGGGAAUGCAUGUGUAAUGGAUUGGAUGGACCAAAUUCCAGAGUGAAACCUAAUGUAGCUACAAAUAAAUCUGAUUCAAAAAGCUGUAAGCUUUCAAAGGCUCAGGAUCAUAGAAAUGGAUGUGAAGAUAAGCUACUGCCCUCAGUGCCAGGGGAAUGCAUGUGUAAUGGAUUGGAUGGACCAAAUUCCAGAGUGAAACCUAAUGUAGCUACAAAUAAAUCUGAUUCAAAAAGCUGUAAGCUUUCAAAGGCUCAGGGUCACAGAAAUGGAUGUGAAGAUAAGGUAUUGCACUCAGUGCCAGGAGAGCGCAUACAUAAUGGACUGGAUGGACCAAAUUCCAGUGUGAAAACUGAUACAGUUACAAAUAGUUCUCACUCACAACACUCUAAACUGUUAAUGUCUCGAGAUUAUACAUAUUAUCGAAAAAGAACUAAGAAGAAACCUUGGCCGUAUAUUAUAGUGGAAAGUGACACCGAUGAAGAUGAAUAAUAAUUCAACAAAAUUUAUGGUGAUAUUCAACUGCUGCUGUCAUUGAAGAAUUGUUUCCAUCCAGUAAUACAAAAGAUGGAUGUGUAUGCCUUUGUGAUAGUUCCAAGACUACAAAGACUGCAGGAGCUGUGAAAGAGAUUGAAAUCAGUUUUUAAAUGUGGUUUCUGGUGAAGGUCAUUACGAGAAAUCUAUCAAACAUUUCUAGGUACUUUGUGAUACCCACAGAAACAAGGACAUAUUGAAUAAUGACAGUAGGAACUUAAAUUUGAACUUUCUGCUGUUUAAAAAUGAUAAUAUAUUGGAGAAUAAAACCUCAUGUUUAUUUUAUGGUUGUAUAUUGACUUGAUACAGUAUUGUUUUUAAACAUUACCAUUGAAUGACUUUUAUCUGAAAAGUAACAUCUCAGUUAUAUGAAAGAAUAGUUCUUGAAGUUAACAGUUGGCAUUCCGUUCACUUAAAUAAUAUGACAGCAUCUGAUUUUGCUUAUCAGUACUUGACAUGUUCAGAUUAUAUAUGAUUGUGUGAUAAUCACAAGAAAACCAAACUGUAGACACAAAAAAACCUGUUCCCCGUGACUUUGUUGCUGGUACUAACAUGUGUUCACUGCUGCAGAACUAGACUUCAUAGUAGGCUUGUGAACAUGCACAUUUAUCAGUGUCACACUGGUUUGUUGGUUGUGGAAGUGGUUACAAGAGUGAGCUACUCUGGACUAGUGGACUUGUUUUUGGACUUGUGUUGACAUUUAUAAGUACCAGCUGCAACGAAUGUCCUAAAAUGUUCGUCUAGACAUGCUGAAUCUUCCGUCCACAAUUUUUUACUUUAUUCUGAAAUAUUAUAUGUGUAUAGCACUUAAUUUUUGAAACAUUUGUACCAUAAAUAUUAGGCUCAUCAAGGCAUGUAUAGUUUAUAAACUUAUAAUUUUUUAGGUACAAAACAGCAACAUAUGCCAGUGACAUCUGCUUAUCAUUGUAGAUAUUUUAUAAAAGUUUUACAUGUGCAUUAAAUGCAUUAACAUUUCUCCAUGUGGUAUAAUUUUUAUGUAUUUCCAAUAUGUACAAAUUGGGAUUUUGUGUUAAU